UGCAUUUUCAGUGUUUAUAACGUCCCUGUGGUCUCAGGAGCUGUGAAACGUUUUCUGACAGCAGAUCAACAGGAACAUCUGUGCUUCCACUCGGUCUCAGCUGAGUCUCUGACCGCUGUCCACACACGCAACUUUUCUUUCUCUGUUUGUAAAAUUUAGCGGAACUUUUUAAACACUCUACCUCAGUUCAAGUCCGCCCGUCAAAAUGCCCUUUAUUGAGAACGUGUCGUACACGGACUUGGAGCGGCUGGCUCUGGAACGGCUCAUUCCGGCUCUCCUGUCCCACGGCUUCUGCUACGUGGACGGUCUCCUCGGGGAUCUGGCCGGAAGCGCCGUGUUGGACCAGGUGGUGGAGAUGCACCGCUCCGGACAGCUCCAGGACGGCCGGCUGGCCGGCUCUAUCCCGGGCGUCAGCCGCAAGAGCAUCCGCGGGGAUCAGAUCGCCUGGGUGAGCGGCGCGGAGCGCGGCUGCGAGGCGAUCAGCUUCCUGCUCAAUCUGAUUGAUCGGCUCAUCUCCGUGUGCGCCAGCCGCCUGGGAGACAAGGAAAUCCGGGAAAGGUCUAAGGCCAUGGUGGCAUGCUACCCAGGAAAUGGGACAGGCUACGUGAAGCAUGUGGACAACCCAAACCGUGAUGGACGCCGUCUUACCUGCAUCUACUACUUGAACAAGAACUGGAACCCAAAGGAGCAUGGUGGUGUCCUCAGGAUCUUUCCAGAAGGAAAAUCAUACGUUGCUGACAUCAAGCCGCUUUUUGACAGACUCCUCAUCUUCUGGUCUGACCGCAGGAACCCACACGAGGUGCAACCCUCCUAUUCCACCAGGUAUGCCAUCACAGUUUGGUACUUUGACUCUGAGGAGCGAGCCCAGGCUAAGAAGCGCUUCAGAGAUCUAACAGCUUCCACAGAGCAGCAGGGCAGCAGCUCUAGUUGAUGGUGAGGAAACACUGCCACCUGGUGUUUGGAGAGAACAUCACACUUUCACUGAGACCCAGCUUUUCAAACGGCUGAAUCAACAUAGUGGAGGAUAAAUAGGAAGAUGAAUUGUAGGAAGCACGGAUGGGUCUUGUGGUCUCCAAUUCUCCGAAAUACGAAUUUCCGAUGCUGCUCUGACCGUGUCAAGGCUGAGACAGAGCUGGCAGGACUGCAUCUGAUUAACCAGAGGAGCUGUUCUGGACUUCUUCCGUUGUUUUUAAAUGUUUGUGUAAGGUUCUGCCAACUCCUGCUGAGUACCCAGCUGAGACUCCAGCCUUGAUGUCACAGCUUCUGACAGAAAGAGAAGAGUUGGCAGAAAAGCCUGACAAGUUUACAUGGACGUGAAAACGGCGAGCCUAUGAGACAAAUGUUGUUUUUCUGAAGAAGGUGGCACAACAUGUAUGAUGCAGGUUUACAAACUGGGAGGAAAAGACAUUAUGUAAUGUCUGAGUAUAAACGAACCAAUGAAAGCUGAAUUUAGGAAAGUCUUAUUAAAGCAUAUGUUGCGUCAUACCUGACACUUCACUCAAAUUUGAACUUUUUUGUGAAUUUUGUUUUUAAGAAAUGUUACAGAUUUCCCCACAACAUAAAUGGCUUACAGAGGCAAAGUUAAACAAGAAAACCAGUUAAGCAGAGAUUGAAUUAUAUCGUAUAUAAUGUAGACUUUUUGUAAUGCAGGAAAGAAAAACACACAUUUGUUUACAGACCAUUAUGAAUUUAAGAUUCAUGUACAGAUCAAUUAAACACAAUUGAUCUGCUGCUUUGUUUGCACUUAACGUAGACAUUUUGGGAAGGUCACAGAAAGAAAUGGCUUACAGAAAUUUCCAAAAUUACAAAUACAUACUUAUAAUUCAUUACAAGAGCACAAUCUUGAAAUGCAAAAAUAAAUGUCCUUGAUUUCUGGACUGUUUUUCAUCUCCAUUGAGCUCCAGUCCCAGUUUAAUGAGAUAAGGUAAUCCUACAACUACUAUCAAUUUUAUUUACUAGGAUUUAACUUGAAGUCUGAGAUUCCAACAGUAGGAAUGUCGCUCUAAAAGGUUCUGCUUUGGGAGACGGGGGCCUACUGUUAAAAAAAAACACCAGAUGUGAUAAUGAAACAAGGUAACAAAACUUUCUUCAGCGCCUCAGAAUAGCAACCUACUGGCCAUGGAUUUAGUCAACAGCUGCUCCGUCACACUGCGGAUGGAGCAGCUCCAAUUUCUGGAAAUGUGGCUCUUUUUUUUGGAUGAUAAUCCAGGUACACACCAGGAUACCCAGUUAUAGUUUCAUGCAUUGCCUGCUUGUCCAUGGCCUUAGAUAAAUGAAUCCAGACACAAAAGAAUCGCAAACAUUUCCUAAAAUAAUCUAAUCUGUUACUGUACAAAAAAAAAAGUUUCUGGUCUUUAAUUCAAACUAGAUAGAGUUCAUUGUCUUUGUAUCAGAACAUUCAUUUUAGAUUGGGGUAUUGCAGUUAUUAUUUUAUUUAAAAAGCAUUAAACAUGUAAAGGUGUCUUUCUUUAAAAUAAUAAUAAAAAACACUCCCCUA